CAGUAGGGAAUGAAAGAGAACCAUGGGAAAACAGACGGGUUCGCAAUAUUUGUUACAAGUGUAGUAGUAACGUAAGAGGGCGUUGUGUGCUGUUACCCACCGAAUCAUAGUUGUUGGAAACAGCUGUCUACUGUUUCACGUUUCAGUUCUCUAUACAAGCGAACAUAAUUAGGUUCGUGACCGUGUAAGCUUGGGCUUCUUUUUCUUACGUUCUAAUGUUACAAUUACUUUAGGCGUAAAUCAUUGCGGAAUGGAUUAUGAUAGUAAAUUACCCGGUGUUUUUAAAUAAUAAAUGGACCAUGAUUUCAUUUCUGUGGGAAAGUUUCAAAUGAAGUGUCAGAGAAUUCCUAGUAAUGAAUACCUUGUUGGCCAGUUUUUAUAGCUUUUGCGAUGAUCGGUGGUGUAAAUCAAAUGUAAUGUAACCCCACCUCUCAUUCUUUUUUUACUAUGACUGCGAAAUGUGUUAGGGCGGCGGCAGCGGAUACGAUAUAUGGAUUACGGAAAUGCCACGUUAAGGAUAGUAUUAUAAGGCGUUCUCGAAAAAUCCCUGUCGAAGAAGACUGUAGCUACUACUUACAACUUCUGAUCCUUUUCGUGCAAUGUCGAAAGCUCGCGACAAGAAAUCAGUGAGAAAAACGAGCUGUUUCAUACAGUGAUGUCAUUUUUGACAACGGAACAGAAUAAGCGAAAGGGAGAAACUGACGUCGCACGAGAGAUUUUAUAUUGUAGAACCCGAUUCAUCCGAUAGAUGGAAGACCAGUGUGACGUCAGUAGCGUCUAGCAGCACGCACAGGAGUAUUGUUGUUUUUCUGUCGCAGGACUGUUUAGCUCCGUUUCAGUCAAAUAAAGUGUUUAAGUGGUUGUGUCUGUAAUGACAACAAUGUUUACACCUACAUGAAUUGCGAUGGAACUGCCUUAAUGAAAGUGUAACACAAAUUAGUGCUAAUAUGCCAUUAGGAAACGUUGACUGUGAAGGAAACAUCUAAACUUGUAAGAUGCGAAUCAGUGUAAGUUGUUGUGUAUAUUAUAGCCUUUUUCCCGCAGUCCAUUCACACAUGUAGUCCAGGUUGGAUGAGUAUACAUCCAUGAGAUCAUUAAGGCCGAUCAUCCCAAAAGCCUCUGUGUAAAUGGCAAGCAAGGGGCUAGAGAAUAUCCCAAAUGUCUCUGAAAACCAAUUCUUAAAGCAAUAUAUUUUUCACAAGCUUAAGGGCAACUAGAAACUGAAAGAAACAAAUGGUGGGAAAUGAACUCUACUCAAAUAUGCAGUGAAUGUUAGAAUUUUAGAGUGAUGAACAUUUAAGUGGUCACACAGAAUGGAAUAGUUAUCUUCCUCAUGGGUACUAUAUCUGAGCAUUAUUGUGCAAAGAAUUAAUGUUCACUCACUUGAAUACAUGGCCAUUGAUAAUUUUUAUAAAUGAGGUAUUUCAGUAAUUUUUCAAUGUAAAUGAUAUGUAACCUAAUGAAUUGGUUCAGAAGUAUGAAAUUCCUAGUCCUAAAACCGUAUAAUCUUGUUUAAUACACUAAGGUGCAGCAUUGUAUUGGCUGCAUUCCAGUUUAUAAAAUACUAUUUGAGACACGCGUACAAAUAUUAAUACUUGGUUGAGAGUUCCAUCAAUAACAUUCUCUGGUACACUAAUAAACUUCAGAUGCUAAAAGUUUGGUUUCCAGCACUAUUUUUGUGAAAUGCAUAAAAUAUUAAUAGCAAAUCUUAUAUUGACGUUCCAUUACUCUGAGUAAUCAGAAUUUUUUUGAGAUGAAGAUGAUGAAUAUGUAUAAGAGGCCCCGCCCUCCUGCCCCUUCCCAUGCCUCUCUUUUCACGUAAUGUUUUUAGGUUUACAAUUGUAUUUGCAAUUUUUUACUAUAAUAGUAAAGCCUUGAAGCUUUAUGGCAGAUUAAAACUGUAUCAGAUGGGCUUGACUCUGAAACUUUGCCUUCUGUUAAUGUUAACUUGGUGUUUUUCAUGUAGUCUGACUGGAGUUUUCUUCUGCAUUGUUAGUAUGUACUUGGUCUUUUAUGCUAUUUACAUUAUUUUAGAUACCAAGCUUUUUAGAAGUAAAUAGUUAUGUGAUCACAAAAUAAAUGAGGAAAAAGAACUUUUUUAAGUACGUUUUGUGCUGAAUGAGACUACCAGAAAAUAAUUGGUGCAGAAAGUAUGUGUAGUUGUUCCCUACAGUAGACUUUCUGGAUGGUUUUGAAUACAUGGAUGUAUUUGAUUUUGGGUGCAUACGCAAUAAAUGUGACAUUUCAUCUUAAGCUCAUUUUAAGAAAAGAAUGCCAAACACUGCUCAAGAAUUUCUGCCAAGUUAUUUGCAGGAAGUAGUUUAUGAACUGUGGUUACCACAAAUUGGUUGUUAUGAAAUGAAGUGUUUGAAAUCAAACAUCAAUGUAAAACAGUGUGACUGUGAUAAGUGAGUGUAGCAAUAAACAAGAUCUCUGGUCAUGGAAGAAUCUGAAUCCUUAGUGGUUGAUGUGGAUCCUCGUAUAAUUAAUUUUUCAGAAGAUAUAUCAUCCUGCGGCAUUGGUGAUGAGGCUAAAAAUAUUUUUCCAUGUAAGCGAUGUGACAGAUCAUUUCCUCUAGAGCAGUUACUCAUUAUUCAUGAAAGCAAUCAUGACAGAGAAAGGAAUUUCCGUUGUGAUAUUUGUAACAGCAGUUUUUACUGUAAAGGUGACUUAAGUAAACAUCAUGCUGUACACAUUAAAGACAAGCCAUUUUCAUGCAUUAUAUGCAAAAAGUGUUUUUCUCGGAAAAAUCUGCUUAGAAGACAUGAAAAUAUUCAUAAGGAAGAGAAAAAAUUUUCUUGCAAGAAAUGUACCAAACAAUUUUUCUUGAAAGAGCAACUCAAAUUGCAUCAAAAGGUGCACAGGAUAUCUAAAAAAUUUUCCUGUAAGAUUUGUAGAAAAGCAUUAUCAUCAAAGCGUUCUCUAGUGCGGCAUGAGGCUCAGCAUGCAGGAAACGCUCAAUUUGCAUGUGAUUACUGUAAAAAAACUCUCUCUUCGAGUGCAGAACUUGCAAGGCAUCUUGUCUCCCAUGCAGGAAGCAAACCGUACCCAUGCAAAAUUUGUGGAAAAUCAUUUUCACUGAGUCACCAUCUAACAAGGCACUUUCGAAGUCAUGCAAGGGAUGAAAUUUUCACUUGCAAUGAAUGUCAAAAGACUUAUGCACGCAAGGAGUCUUUAGAAAUCCAUUUGCGAGGCCAUACUGGUGAACGACCUUAUGUUUGCCGCCUUUGCCAGAAAGGAUAUUAUUCCAGCACACAACUUAGUCGCCAUAUGAAGAUACAUGCUGGUGUAAAAAAUUUUACAUGUGACCACUGUGGAAGUUCGUUCAUUAGAAAGGACCAGAUGAAAAAACACAUAAAGAGUCAUAUGUACUGAAUUUCCUGUAAGGGGACAUGAUGUCGUAAAAUAAAAUGUAAAUUAUGUGCAAGCAAAAAUAACUUAAGUAGCCCAAUUGUGAGCUUCUGCUGUUAUAGUUAAUUAGUAUAUUACGCUUUUCCAUGUUGCUGUUUACACAUUUUAUAUCUGUUACAUGAUUAUGUAUUUUCAUGUUAUUUAUUAUGGGUGUCUGUUGUUAAUAAAGAUGGGCAUCCAUCUGUAAGCAGUGUUUCUGAUGUGCUUAACUGGAAAUCAUGUGGUGGAAUUCAAAAUAUACACCAUCACACAAAAAAUGUAACACUUUACUCUGUAUGUGCCGGCACACUUGCAUCAAUGCAAGUGACAAGUCAAAUGUCUGUUAGAUGUUUUUCUACGGUGAAUAUUUGUGAAUCCAAAACUUCAUGUUAGUUGUGUGACAUACUUUAUCUUUACCUGAUACUGCGUUUAUUAGGAAGCAGUAAAUCUAUAUAUUGUGAAACCCUCCAGUGACAUUGUGAUAUGUGAAUGUUUUGUUUUCCAGCUGCAUGUGUGAGGAAUUGUUUUGCAGCCACAGUGCCAGGGAAGCCUAAGGAUUUAUACUUUACUUUCUUGUUGCCAUCAGAUAGUUUUAUCUGCUGUUUUCCAAUGUCUCAGGCUGUUUUCUCAUAACAUACAGUACAAUUUGGUGGUUUUGUUGGCAUUUGUAUAUUAUAUAGGUGGUGGCUGAAAAGUGAUAAUGGUGUCCCAAAUUCACAAGCUGUAAUAGUAUUUCGAAUUCAUAACAUUGAGUUCCCUGUUUAAUAUUAUUUCUUAAUGCUUGUAGUUACUUGUGCAGCACAAAAUUCAGUCAUUUCCAGCAACUGACAACAAAAUGUUCACAAGAUUAACAUGAUCUUCCUUUGCAUGUGCACACAUCACCAUUUUCAUCUAAUUUACCCCCUUUAUUUUCCUCUCCUUUCCUUACCCUUUCAGCCCUUGCACUGUGUUAGUGAUAGUACUUUGUGUGUGUGUUUUGUUUCACUAAGAUUUGAACUUAAUCACUUGUACAAAAUCUUAUCUGAAAGAAAGAAGGAAAGCAAGCAAAAGCUUAAAAGGAUAAUGAAUUUCUGAGUGAGGCUGAUGUAAUAUUGAAUGAAUUUUUGUUCCUGACUAUUAAUGUUGAAAUUUUUGUAACAAUGUGAAAAACCAGACAUUUUUGCUGCACACAAAAGGGGAAAUACAUCUGUUGUAAAAAGUUAAUCUGCUUCUAUUACUCUGUAUACAAAAUUACUUUGAAAAAUCAUGCAAGUGGUUUUAUGUUUUAUUUCUUCAAGCAUUUGUUACUUGUUGUAUUCAAUGUUAGUAGUUGGUCAGUGGCUUAAAGGACAUCUGUAUUAUUUGGCACUGAAAACAGUAAUGGCAUUUGGAAAGAUUGAAAUGUGAUGUAGUAAGUUUGUAUCCUGUUUCAUCAAUCGGCAUAUAACUGAGUAACUCCGGACUAUCCAGAGAGCUUUGCUUAGUGGUAUGUCGACAGGUAAGGCAAAAAGUAAUCUCAAGCCUUGCUUCAGUGUAAAAAUUGCUAGACAUUGCCACAUUGUAAUUUCAAAUAUCCUCUGUAAAUGAGAAGCUUCCUGUAAAACCAAAUUGGUCAUUUUUUUUCCAAUUUCAACAUUUUGUUGACACAGGAGCAGCAACAUUUUAAAUAUUUCAUGAAGUGUUUAACAAUUUGUCAAAGUUGGAGCACGUAAGUUCGGCAACUAGAUUUGAACUAGCUGGUUCAUUCUCAAGCCUGGCUUACUGAGGCUGCUCUGAAAGUGCCUGAUGUUUCAUCCACCCUCAACAACAGUAGUUCUAUAUAAUGAAAUAAGAAGUAACUAGCUGCACAAAAGAAAUUAAGUUUCUUUACUGGUUUUGGGCGCUUGGAGCCCUUCUGCAGGAGGCUGUACCUAUUACAUUGAGUGUCAACAAUAAUAUGCAUAAAAUGCCAUGGUCAUGUCCUUCAUUUUGUACAAGCACUAUGAGCCACAUGACCAUGGUAUUUUGCUGUAUGCCUCUUAUUGUUGACACAAAUAAUGCAAUAUGUAUAAACUUCUGAAGAAGGGCACUAAGCGCCUGAAGUCAGUAAAGAAAUUAAAUUUCUUUUAUGACACUGGUUGAUUAUGAUUUCGUUUUGGCUCAUGUUAAUAACAACCAUCAAAAUGGCAAUACAUACUUUAUUAAAUGUUCACAUAUGAUGGUUGCAAUAAACAUGUGCCAUCUUAUCAAGUCAGAAUCAAACUUGUGCAGUGUAGCCUCAAAAAAGAGCCAGCUAAUUUGAAACUAGUUGCCAAACACAUGUACUGCAUCUGUGACAGGUUAUUAAUAAAUGUUUAACGAAAUGGUCAUUUGUAUUUGUGGUAAGUAGCAUUUUUAAUCGUACUUCACUAUUUACAUGUGAGCUGUGAUAUAGUGUUUACCUCUAUUAUUGCUCACUUUGCUUGCUCUUCAGACACGAUCUGAUCUUAUAUUUGCAAGAAAGUGGAACUAUACAGUUCGCAGAUUUUUCUUUCUUUGAGGUAAGCUGAAGCGUUAAUAGUGAUGUGGCAAUCAUGGUGUGUUUCUUGUUAUGUGUAGUUAAAUACCAAAAGUACAUCAAUACAUCUUGUCAGGGAAUGCAUGGAUUGUAAAAUACUUACCUCUUGUUGUAUUAGUGUGAAAUGAAAACCAUUCUUGGAAAUUUUUGAUUGGUUAUGAAAAAUAUGUGGAGUGUCUUGGGUGAAUCAUGCACACUAUAAAGACAUUACUGUGUAUAGGAAUUAAUAAUUAUUCAUUUGACAUCAGGUUAAUCCUUGGAUUUCAUUUGUAUCUGAAGUUCUCAAAGACAACUUAACAUAGUGUUGCUACUACAGAAAGAUGUGUCCAGUAUUCCUUAAUUUCCUGGAUUUUACUUGAAAGGCACACUCAUCUUUUAUGCACUGUUUAUCAGGUAUUCAUAAUUUAUUUAGCCUGACCACAUAAGAGCUUUAGGGUCCUCUCUUACAUCAGACUAGGAACAACACACAAUUUUUAAAAAAAAUACUAAUUUUUAUGCAUAUUUCCAGUUAAGUCAUGUACCUCUGAUAGAUUUUGUGAGAACAAUCACUGACACACAUAAUGUGUGCUAUAAUAAUUAUUGGCAAUGAUGGAGAUUAAGUAUAUCAAUAAUAUUGCUUAGUUUAACACAUUUGAGGCCAUGUUAUGAGAAAUACAAUAGAUAGUGAAAGAUAAGACUGAAAUUGUAUUUGUUUAU